GCCAGUAGUCGAUUUUAUCUUUUGUAUGGAUAUAUUUUGCUACUUUGUCUCUAAUUCAUGAAAGGAAUAACCAUAAUUUAAGACGAAGAAUGGAUUGCUUUCUCCCUUUGUUCAGUCAGACUUUUAUCCUGAUGUUUGUUCAAUCGAAAGCGUGGUUUAGUUACACUGUAGUUUUUUAAUUCCUUACCUUAAUUUAUCUAAUUAAUAUUAAAUCAAUUCUUCUGGUGUUUUUGGGCGUUUCAACAGACAGCAAAGCUAAUCUGGUACGGCCUUCAGUUUACUAUAACAAUCCAGCUUCCCUCAGACAUAGACUCAGAACCUAGACAAGAAGUUACUCACCACCCAGGUUUUCAAUUAUAUCUCAACAGUAUUCUUCGUCGAAAUAUUGUUGUCUUUCUCUGCCUGCAUUUUGGAGGUAUUGUGGAAUACCUCACCACCACGAGCUGCUCUCCAGAUACUUCUCUUCCAUGUCGUAUAAAGUCAAUGAACGGGUAUUAUGCUUUCAUGGACCUUUGCUUUAUGAAGCUAAAGUAAUAGAUACAGAAAAAAAGGAAGAUUCUUCGACCUAUUUAAUUCACUAUAGGGGGUGGAAAAAUAGCUGGGACGAGUGGGUUGGACCAGACCGUAUACUUAAAUGGAAUGAAGAAAAUUUGAAAACACAAAAGGAAUUAAAGAGUGCGGCUUUGGCAGCUAGGCAGAAAUCUACCGCUGCGAAAAAGGCUGCUACUUCAGCUUCCAAGGUUGAAGCUUCCGGUCAGACCAGUAAACCCGCUGGAAAACGAUCUCGGGAAUCUAGCGCUACUACGAUGGAGGGCGACUCUCGUGAAACACCCCAACGAACGAAAACUCAAAAAUCAGCUUCACCUUUACCUCAUGUUAUUAAAAACGAAGCAGUCUCUGAAGGGGCCGUAGAUGCAGCGGUAAAGGGUGUUGAAGAAGAAUCUGUGGAUGAGGAACCACCAUUACCUAAACAUAAGAUUCGUGUUCCCGAUGUUUUGAAGCUUUGGUUGGUGGAUGACUGGGAGCAUAUCACAAAGCAUCUUCAGCUUAUAUCGUUGCCUCGAAAGCCAACUGUGCGAGCCGCCAUUGCUGCUUUUCGGGAAUCUAAAAUCUCUUAUUUGACGAACGAAAUUGAUCUUGAUGUCUUUGAACAAGCAAUGGCUGGACUGGUUAUUUAUUUUAAUAAGUGCCUUGGGAACAUGCUACUUUAUCGUUUUGAAAGACAGCAAUACAUGGAAAUUCGAAGAGACUAUCCUGGAGUUGAGAUGUGUGAUAUUUAUGGUGCUGAGCACCUGAUACGACUUUUUGUUAGUUUACCCGAAUUAAUUGACCAUACGAAUAUGGACUCGCAGUCAAUAGACUGCUUGUUAGGAUAUAUUGAGGAGUUUUUACAAUAUCUUGUACUGCAUAAGGAGGAGUAUUUUAUUAAUAAGUAUCAAGAUGCUUCCCCAAACUAUCGAUCCUUAAUUGGAGUUUAAUUAAUUGUAUAGUUGUUUUUUGAAAAAAAAUAAGUAUCUCAUGAGAUAGACAAAUGAAGUUUUUUGUAGUUAUGAAGAACAUUGUGAAAUUGUGAUAUAUGAUCGGAUGACAAGCUGUCGGGGUUGUACAAGGGAAGAAAAUUGCUAACUUCAGCAUUCAGAAUGUCCUUGAAUCCUUGCAUACUUAAGUUCAAAGAUGCUUCUGCUGGUAUUUGUUCUGCUUUGUUUUGUGCGAUAGUCUUUAGUGUAGAAAUCCGACUUUUAACUACUUUUACUCUAAUCCAUAAGUCAUGGUCUGCCUGUAGGGUUGCUGUUUCCUUUUCAAUAUCUUUUGCUUUACUAGAAAUGCGUUCUAGCUUAGACAAGUUACGUUUCACAUAAGCAUGUCUUAGCGCAAGCAAUUCAAGCCAUCUAGGACGCACAUAAUACUAGCCAACUUGUCAGUAACUAAAUGAUUCUUAAGUGAAUAUUGUUUGUGCAUACCUUCAACAAUGUAUAACCCGAUAUUCCAAUGACGGAGCUCAGAUAUGAAAGGAACAGACUAAACGAUAGCACACUAGAAGAUAGAUUCGAUUUCUCUUGAAAAGCUUGAGCUGGAGCAAGCAUCGAAGGAAGCGAAGGUGGUUUGGAUACUGUGUUUGCAGAAUGCAUAAUUACAGCCUAACUUCCAAGCUCGUGAUCUAAGACUUUGAAAAGUUUCUAAUAAUAAAAGUGAGAUACUGAUGAAUAAUUAGUUUCUUUUUGUCUUUGUGUAACGGAAACCGUAUAUGGAUGGAAUGAUUUAAUAUGAAGGAAGCAAGUCUGUCAAGAGUACUUGGUAAAAGGGUACGACGAAUUUAUUGUAUUUAUGAAGUAGAUAAAAAC